AUGUUGCCAGACAGUCCAUCACCACGCGCCGCUUUGGCUCUUUCCGAUCUUCAACCACAAACCGGAGCAUCCACAUUUUCAGUUGGCACAGGAUCCGGAAAUUGGUAAGGCAGGGGGCGAAAUUCCCGCGCGCGCUUCUUGCGUAAAAGCAUUACGCAACUAACUGAUAGCCAUCCGGUCUCGACGCCAUCCAGUUUUAGCGCGCGCGGAAAAUAAUCUCGUUGCGGAAAGAAAUGAUGAUAGGAGAUUUUUUCAGGUCUACUCGAGGUGUUGGUGGAGUAAGUGGUGAUUAUAUGGAUAAAUCUGGAGGUGGCAUGUUCGGAAGCAACAGAAAUAAUGUGAGUUUGACUAGAGUCUAGUUGAGAUUACUGUAGAUUGUCUUUUUUUCCAAAAAAAAACAAGGUUCACAUGAAAAAAUAACUAAAAUUAGGCAAAACACUUUUUUUUUAAAAUAUUUCUAAACUGCCACGUCAUAAAUGUCACGGAAAAGAGUGUUGGAAAAUGAGAGGUUUAGACAAGUUACAAAAACUUUGGAAUUUUUUUCGUAGAUCAACAUUUUUUGUAGAUCAAAUUUAUAUUCGAAAAGUUUUAAAACAAAAUCUUUGGAUCCCAAUUAAUUUAGAAAAAAAGUUUUUUCAGGAAUUUUUGGCUGAAGUUUUAAAUUUUAAUUAAAAAAAAAUUUCAUAACGUGUAGAAAAUCGUGCCAAAUUUAUUUUGAUUGUUUUCAAAACAAUUUUUUAAAUGAAAUUUCCUAAACUAUUUCCUAAAGUCUCUGGAACUUUCCAAAGCCUUCUAGAAUAUUUAAUUUUUGGAAAAAAUUGUUCCGGAAUUAUUUUUUCAAUAAAAAAUAUUUUUCAAAUUAUUUCCAAAUUGUUCUAUAAAGUCUCUGGAACUUUGCAGAAGUUUCUUGAAAAUUUUUAGAAUUUCCUAGAACUCUCUAGAAUAUCUAAUUUCUGAAAAAUUGUUCCGAAACUUUUUUUCAAUAAAAAAUUAAGAAUAUUUCCAAAGUAUUCUAUAAAGUCUCUGGAACUUUUCAGAAUUUUCUAGAAUUUCUCAAACUAAAAAAAAAUCCAAAACCCCUAAAGUUCCUAGAAAAAAGUAUAUCCAAAUCUCCCUUUUCCAAGUCAAUAUCUUCUCCAAACACCUUUCUCCACUAAAUCAUAAAAUGAUAAUAAAGAAAGACUCUUUACGGAUCUCGAUCAUCGUCUUCUUAUCAAGAAGAAGAAGAAAAAUCGAAAUUUCUCGGAAAAAUCGAGUUUUAUCAGACAACAAAAGCUUAUACUUUCAAUUUCAAUUUCAAAUCUCUUUUGUCUCAUUUCUGACCCCGAACCGCCCAUAAUCUAUUUCCAUUUUUCCCGCAAAUCAUUCUUAUUCGAUUCCAGGAUCGAUUCGGUUUCAACAGCAACAGCAACAGCUCAUCCUCCUCUUGUUUCUCAGGUGGAAGUGGUUCAUCUGGCGGCCUUUUUUCAAACAAAUAAUUUUGUUCAAGUAAGUCUCUCUUUAUAAAGUUCAGAAAUUAAUUUCAAAAUUUUUGCAGAAUGCAAUCAACUCUAACUCCCCUUCUUAUCCUAACCACUUAUUUUCUACUUAUUCAAAAUGUAUAUAGUGAACCGAAAUUGCCCGAUUGCGAACAAAUUCCCAAAGUUUUGUGCUGUACUCAACGUGUCUUAGAUAAAUGUAUGUCUGGCUGUAUCGAUUAUGUAACUGAAAAAUGUCCACACAAAUUGGAGAAAUAUGAAACUAUUGAGGACGAAACAUCCACUUCAACAUCAACAUCUACAACAACAUCUAGUGUUAAACCAAAAUCACAACGAGUUGUUGGUCAAGUCAAUCACGAUUUAAAGGAGAGAUUUAUCGAUUCGAAAGAUUCACAAAUCCGUCGUGCUCCAGUCAACGGUGAUUCGAAACAACUCAAUCACGAAUAUCCAAUCACUGAAGUCACUGACGAUGAUUUGUCAAGCGAAUGUGGAACCGAACGAUCAACUCCACCAUUUUCACCAUGUUUAUCGCGAAAAUCUGCUGAUGAUUUGUUUUUGUCGUGUUGUCGACAACAAUUACCAUCGAAUUGUCAUGGUUUGUGCACUUAUGAACAUCGUGAACAUGUCGCUGCUGAAACUCUUAUUCAAGCUAUUCAACAAGAAAAUUGUGAUAUGAAGGUGAGAAUGGAGAACAUGAAAUUUUGAAAAUUAGGAAACUUCAGAAUUUAAAAUUUUGGGGUACGAAAAUUCAGUCCAAAAAAAAUUCAUGAAAAAUAUUUCGAAAUAGUUUCAGCAGGCCUUUCUGAAGAAGCUCAGAAGCUUCUAAUACAAAUCUCGGCCCUGAAAAAAUUCCAAAAAUAUUUCAGUAGGUCUUUCUGAAGUUCUUCGGAGAAAUCAGAUCUUCUUCAGAAGCUAGUCACUCUCUUAAUCUAAUUAGAAAAAAAUGUUCCAAAAAAUGUUCAGCUGAAGUCCCGACAGAUCUGAUAUUCUUGAAGUUAUUCAGAAAUUUCUGAUCUUCUUCAGAAGCUAAAAAAAAUUCCAAAUAAAGUUCCCCGCUGAUCUUCAAAACUAAUCCAAAAACAUUCCAGCACCUCUCCUCCCUUCUCUACUGCGCCAAUCAAAACCGCGACAACCGCGCAUGUUGCUCCCAUCUUGGCAUGUCAAACCCAGACCUCGGCGUCGGCGACAGAUGCCUCCGUAUGUGCAACAUCGCACCAUCCGGCGAUCGCAUCAGCUCACUCGAGAAAGAAGAUUUGGUGUGUCUUUCGAACUGGAAUGUUGUCAUGUAUUGUGCUCGUGGUGGUCUUCGAACUAUCAACUAA